CGCUGCGCUCAGCUCAUCGUCGGCGAGUGCAGCGCCGCAGCGCCGCCGCACGCCAGACCUGCACGCCUCUGCGCCUGCACACCGACCGCCGGCAGGCGUCUCCCCGCACCCGUUUUGGGCGGUGUGGCGUGGCAUCGGGGAGCACGCAAGUGCGGCGUGCCUCGUUCCAGAACGCGGCGUCGGGCGCAGGUCCGCCCGGGCGUGCACCCGGCCCCGCUCAGCCGUCAGCACCCUGCGCCGAGAGCUCGCUGGGGCCCCGCCAUCGCUGGUGGGCGCUGUCAGCAGGGAGCGCAGCAGUGCCUGCCGAGCGCCGGCACACUGCAGGAUCGCCGUCAGGCCGCUGGUUCCUGAGCAUUGCUCGCCGUGCCUGCCACGCUCAGCUGGUCCUUAAAGAGGGACAUGCAGCCGCACUGGGCUGUCGGGCGCAUCGCCGUGUUUCCCCCUCUCCCUCGUCCUGGCGCUCCGAUGGCCCGGCCAUACCUGCUGCCCAGCCCCUUUGGCGCCGCUCCCUCUCCUCCCGCAGGCGUGCGCACUCUGCCCGACAUCUUCGCCCACCGCGCCCGUUUGCAGCCCGGCGCGACGUGCUUCUCGUUCCAGGCAGACGGAGACGUCACUCGUGCAGCGGCGCAGCUGACAUAUGGAGAGGCGCUCGAGAUCGUUCUUGAGACGAGCUCGCAUCUGCGCGAACGACUCGGCGCAGCGGCGCAAGCUCCGGUCGUGGCGGUGUGGCUCGAGAAGUCGCUUGAGCUUCCGCUGGCGGUCCUAACCGCCACAUUCGCUGGUGCGACCUGGCUGCCGUUCGACCACGAUGCCCCUGCUGCCCGUGUCACCGUGUGCAUGCAGGAUGCCGGCGUCUCCGUCCUCAUCUGCGACGAAGAGCACGAGGCCCGGGCGCGAGCCGCUGCCUCGGCCGCCGCCGGCAGCCCGAUCGAGGUCCACACUUUUGCGCAACUGCGAGCCAGCGCUGCUCGCACUCCCGCGCGGACACCCGCUCCCCGGCCGUCGGAGGAUGCCACCGCCUAUAUCAUCUACACCAGCGGCACCACCGGCACGCCCAAGGGCAUUGCUAUUCCCCACUCGGCGGCGCUGCGCUUCCUCCUCAGCGAGAAUGCCGUGCUGGGCAUUCGGGCCGACGACGUGGUCUGGGCCGGCUUCUCGCCCGCGUUUGACAUGUGGGUCGAGUCGGUGUGGAUCGCGCUCGCCGCCGGUGCCCACGUCGUUCUGGGCAGCCGGUCGCAGUGCCUCGACGUGACGUCGCUUGGAGGAGCCGACGGCGUGUGGGCGCAGCGCGGCGUCACGGUGGUGCACGCGGUGCCCUCGCUCAUGGGCAUCCUCACGAUGGACGAGUCGAGCGCGUCCGGCUCGGAGCUGCCGCGCUGCCUCCGCCUGGUGAAUCUCGGAGGCGAGGCCUGUCCGCCGGCCCUCGUCGCGCGCCUCUGGCGGCCCGAUUUGCGCCUCUGGAACACGUACGGGCCCACGGAGACGACGGUGUCUUGCACGAUCGCCGAGCUGCGGCCACACGAGCCGGUGACCAUCGGUGCGACGCUGCCGGGCUAUACCGGUCUGCUCCUGCCCAUCGACGACGGCGAGGGAACUAGUGCGAGGCGCGCGUUGGAGCCGCUUCGCCCGGCGCCUGGCACGGAAGGCGAACUCGUCAUUGGCGGCCCGUGUGUCGGUUCCGGAUACGUCGGCCGCCCGGCGCUGACGGCCGAGAAGUUCAUCGUCAUCGACGGGCAGCGGUGCUACCGGACAGGCGACCGCUGCCGUCUGGACGGCCAGGGGCAGCUCGCCUUCCUCGGUCGCAUCGACACGCAAGUCAAGCACCGUGGCUUCCGCAUCGAGCUCGGCGAGAUUGAGGGGCAGCUGUGCAGUCAAGCGGGCGUGCAGGCUGCGGCAGUCAUUCUGGCUGGUCCAGAGGGCUCGCAGCGCCUCGAGGGCUACGUUGUGCGGCAGCAGGGAUCGAGCGGGACCGCCGGCUUGCGAGAGGGGCUCAAGGCCUCCCUGCCGUCGUACAUGAUCCCCGAGGCCUUCUUUGAGCUCUCGAAGGAGGAGAUGCCGCGCCUGCCGAGCGGCAAGAUCAACGCAAAGGGACUCCACGACAUCUCGGCCAAAAGGCGUGCCCAGGAAGAGGCUGCGCAGGCGCAGAUCUCGGCAGCCAAGUCCGUCGCAAGCCAGGAGUCCGGCAAUUUAACGCUCGACCGCAUUCUCGACGGCCUGGCGAGUGUGUUCCCUCACUGCAAGCAGGUGCUCGCGCAGGACGACAUCUUCGACGAUCUUGGCGGCCACAGUCUCGUCUGCGCGGUGCUCGUGUCGCGCCUGCGGUGCCAUCCCGGUCUGAAGCAGCUCGGCCUGGCGGACAUCUACGAGUGCCGCACCGCGGAGGCAAUCGCAGCGCGCUUCUCGGAUGUCGAUGCGGCCUCCGAGUUCGACGAGAAGACGACGCUGAGCGCUGCUGCCCCGCCGCGCGACAGGCCCGUCUCGGCGCUCCGGCAUGCCCUGUGCGGCACGGCGCAGCUGCCUGUCAUCCUUUUCCUCUUCUUCAUCGUCUCGCUCGAGAUCCUCAUGCCCUAUCUCCUCUUCGACUUUCUGCUCUCGUACGGCGUUGCGUCCGCCAUCUUUGGCGCCUACGGCGUGUUCGUCGUGCUUCCGCCUGCGGUGGCGCUCUGCGGCGUGCUGGGCAAGUGGGCGUUCCUCGGCCACGCGCGCGAGGGCUCGCAUCGGCUGUGGGGCUUCCAGUACUUUCGCUGGUGGGCAGCGGACCGCUUCACGGACCUUGUCCCGGUCAAGGCAAUCGCCGAGUCACCGCUGUAUCCCACGAUGCUACGCCUGCUCGGCGCCAAGAUCGGAGCGCACUGCCACCUGGGGCACAUGCAGAUCGGUGCAGCGGCAGACCUGGUCAGCAUCGGAGACGACGCCGUUGUUGGGUCCGACGUCGUUCUGAGCGUGUCCGUCGUCGACGAGACCGGCCGACUGGUCAUGCGGCCCGUUCACAUCGGCAACGGCGCAUCGAUUGGCUCGAACUCGCUCCUCGAAGGCGGCAGCCGCGUCGAGGACGACGGCGAGCUCGCGCCCAUGUCGAUGCUGCCCAGUGGCGCGACGGUGCCGUCCGGAGAGCGAUGGUGCGGCAGCCCUGCGCGUUUCGAGCGCCUCGUUGCCGACGUCGGCCACGGCAGGGCGAGCCGGCCGUCGUUCUGGCGCCGCGCAUGCCUGACAGUCGCCUACACGCUGCUGGCGGCACUCGCGCUGCCGGCACUCUACCUGGCUCCGCAGAUUCCGGGUCUGAUGCUCUACGACUACGUGCAGCCGCGCAACACAACACACUGGGCCUGGGUAGCGAUCGCAGGCAUUCCUGUGGCAUGCGGCUACAUCGUGCUCGUCUUUGUCGAGCUCGUCGCUGUCCGCUGGCUGGUGCGCGGCCGCCAGCUCGUGCCCGGCACGUACCCGACCGCCUCGCUCUUCUACGUGCGGAAGUGGUUCACCGACCGCGUGAUGGAUGCGUCGCUCGACAUUCUGCACCCCGUCUACGCCACGCUGUACGCAGUUCCCUUCCUGCGUGCGGUGGGAGUCCAGAUCGGCCAUGGCGCCGAGGUCUCGACGGCGCGCGGCAUCAACGAGCUCAGCGUCAUCGGCGACGAGGCGUUCAUUGCCGAUGCGGUACUCAUGGGCGACUCGGAGAUCCGCGGCAACAAGCUGACGCUCAAGGUCACGACCAUGGAGCCGCGCUCGUUUGCGGGCAAUGCCUCGCUGCUGCCUGCCGGCACGACACUUGGCACGGGCUCGCUCGUCGGCGUGCUGUCCCUUCCGCCCGCGGGCCAGCCGCUGGAGGCAGGCACGUCCUGCUUCGGCUCUCCGGCCGUGCUCAUGCCGCGGCGGCAAGAGCUGUCGCAGACCUACGACGACAAGACGCUCUUCUCGCCGACGCCGUGGCUGCGCGCGCAGCGCCUCUUCAUCGAGGGCCUGCGCAUCGUCCUGCCGCGCAUCGUCAUCGUGUAUGGCCUCGGCUUCGGCGUGUUCCUCUUCGAGGACCUGUGGAACCGCAUCGGCUGGGCCGCCGUCGCCACGCUGCCCAUCUUCUACUUCUUCCUCUUUGCGCUGCCCGCCGUCGGCCUGACGAUUCUUGCCAAGUGGAUCCUCGUCGGCGCGUACCGUCCGGACGCCUGGCCGCUGUGGAGCCUCAACGUGUGGCUCAGCGAGGCCGUCACCUCUACCUUUGAGACGCUGGCGGAGCCAUUGUGCCUGUCGCACCUCGUCGGCACGCCCUUCCUGCCGACCAUCUUCUGGCUGCUCGGCACGAACAUGGGCAAGCGCGUCUUCCUCGGCGCCGCCGACAUUACCGAGUACGACCUCGUGUCGAUCGGCGACUAUGCCGCCGUCAACGCGCACGCGGGGCCGCAGUCGCACCUGUUCCAGGACCGCGUCAUGGCGAUGGACCACGUGCGCAUCGGCGCCGGCGCGACGAUGAAGCCGUACUCGAUUGCGCUGCCGGGCUCGGUCGUCAUGGCGGGCGCCACGCUCGGCUCGCUCUCGCUGCUGAUGAAGGGCGAGACGGCCGACGGCGGCGUCGUGUGGGAGGGCAUCCCGGUGCGGCCGCGCGUGCCCGUGCGGCCGGUGAAGAGCGCUGCGGUCUGAACAUUUAGGAUCUGUGUCACCUUGUCCGAGGCUGCUCUAAUCUAGUACUGUGCCGACG